CUGGUGGUGAUUCGGCUGGGUGCAGAGGCUGAGAUGGCCGACCCGCUGCGGGUCCGCACUAGACUGCUGCUAACUGACUACUUGACGUUCUGUGCACGGGAGCCGGGUGACCCCGAGCCACCGCCCACGUCGGCAGAGGCGGCCUUGCUGCGCUCUGUGGCAGAGCAGAUCCAACAGCAGCACCACUUUUUUUUCUCCUCCUUCGUCGGCUACCAGGGCAACCGCGUGGAGCUGAUGACACAGAUGGUAGACGCCGUGCUCCCCGAUGGCCAAGACCUCAACUGGGGCCGCCUGGUGUUGCUCUUAGCCUUUGCGGGGACAAUUGUGAGUCAAGAGCAGAGAAACCGUCUGAAGGAUAAAAUGAAAGUGCUCCAAGACUGCCAACUCAUAGUGGCCUUGCUGUGCAAUCGACUCCUGAGGCGGCAUCGCUCCUGGCUGGAGGCUCAAGGUGGCUGGGAUGGCUUUUGUGUCAUCUUUGGGAGUCCCUUACCACUCGAUUUUUGGAGCACACUGCUGAUCAAGACUUUUCUGUCCUGUGUCAUUGCAACAGCCAUCCUGUUUGUCUGGAAAAGACUAUUAUAAGUUUUAAAAAUUUUAUGAUUUUACCUGCCUAACUGUGGCCCACCAAGGGACAAUUUUAGAUGACUGGAUAAGAAUUGAGGAAACCUCCUGCUAGAGACAUUUUUAUCUGCAUGCCACGUGGAGUCCUGAGGUUGGGAUGGGGCCAGCAUUCGGAGGGGAUCCUAGUGGUCUUAGGGGUAUGUCACUCCAAAGAACUUGAGAGGAAACUGCCCCCACUCAUGAGAUGCUCUGCUGUCUGCAUUUGACUGGAAGCACACCAGAGCCUCUCCCAUCUGUUCUGACGUUCUUGAGCCACUGUUCAGUAGCCAGGGUUCCAGGCCAGAGGAUCCAUCCUAAAGCAACAAAGUCCCAGAGCAAUGAGGAAUGGAAAAGGAAACCCUAUGGAUGCCUUGGAAACCUAAAUCUUUCUGUGCCUAAUCCCUAGGACGUCUGAAUUUAUAGUGUCCCUCUCUAAUAAAGUCUUGCAUAACUUCAAAUUUUUAAUAAAUGUAUAUACAUUUUUUUCAA